AUGUCCCAAAUAUCUAAAAUCUUCACAUUUUUCAUUUGUAACUCUUCUAAAUAGCCUAUUUGUUAUAGUUUUUCACAUAGUGCCGCUUACAUUGUCAUAAAAUUAAAGCAGUUUUUGGACUAAGGAGAUUUCGAUAAAUUAAUUAAGAUUAACCAUCGUCCUCUAUCGCACUGUGCGGCGAAGGAUGAAUUUCACGGACCGCGCUGUUUACCAAGUGAAUUAAUGCACUAGACAGGCAAUUUGCAAUUCAAAGGUCAGUUGACAGUGAACUACAUAUUUGUUACUGUAAGGAAACUAGCGCACUGCAUUGAAAUUUAGUCUGCUGUUCCGAUUACCUCAAGCAGUUGGUGGAUAUUGUUGCAGAAUAAAUUUCAGAUUUCGCUUUCGAAAAGCUUCUGCGCGAAAUGGCUCUGGUGUUACGGCAUCUCUAUCAAUAUUAUCAAGAUUAUUACGAUAAUGCACAAGAUCCUCGGACAAAAGAUUUGUUUCUAUUGAAUCCAUCAUGGAUGCCAAUCGCAAUCAUAGCCGGUUAUUUGUAUUUCGUUCAAAGUUUGGGACCGAAACUAAUGAUGGAUCGGAAGCCAUUCGAUCUUCGCCGCAUGUUACUGGUCUAUAACUUGAUACAAAUUGUGGCUAAUAUCUUCGUGGCUUUUGCUGGUACUAAGUUGAUGAUCGAAAAACGAGUGUCAUUGCUUUGCGAGCCCAUUGAUCGCUCAACUAAUGAAAUCGCCCUAAGAGAAGUUCGAUUAGUGCAUUGCUACUACGUGCUUAAAGUAGUAGAUUUAAUUGAUACGAUAUUCUUCGUACUUCGAAAGAAGCAAAACCAUGUGUCAUUUUUGCACGUCUAUCACCACACAGCAAUGGUGCUGAUUCCAUUCUUCUACGCAAGGCUUUAUCCAGGCGGUCACGGCUCUAUGCUGGGGCUGAUUAACACAUAUGUCCACGCAGCAAUGUAUUUCUACUUUUUCUUAUCCGUCUAUCGACCAGAGUUGACCAAGAACGUUCGUUGGAAGAAAUACAUCACGAUGCUUCAGAUGACGCAAUUCGUAAUGUUGGUCUUCAUAUAUGGAUUACCGGCAAUGUUCAACUACGAUUGCGGAAUACCUAGAUUUUGGUUCUGGGGGGCUAUGCUGCAGAGUCUGUUUAUGUUGGCGAUGUUUGCUAGUUUCUAUCGAACCGCGUAUGGUCAGAAGAAAGAUGAUUAGAUCUUUGAAGAUGGUUUGAAAGUGAAUAAAAGAUCUACUUAGUUGCAGAA